AACAAUGCACUUACCACUGUGAGAGUGGGUAAUUUUGAAGAGAUUAGUGCUGCCCUUACUACAGCUUGCAUCCGUGUUGACACUGCUUAUGGAAAGUUGCAAAAUGCAGAAGCCUUAGUGGCACACAUGGAGAUUCAACGUCAUGUCGAGGAGCGCUGGGCUGUCGGGUGUCCCAAGUACAUGCAGUACAAAGAGGAAGCAACACUAGGCAAGUACCACACGGUGUUGAACGAGCUCAAACACCUUGUUGUUAUGAGGCUUUUCGAGCUCUCAAAGCUUCCUUUAUCAGGGACAGGUUUU